UUAAUCUUCACAACCUUUCGAAUAAUCUCACCGAAUCUUCAAUUCAUAUUUGUACUAAAACCUUACCGCAUUUACAUACACAAUGAAGUUUUUGCACGUAAUUUGCAUUGCUUCCGGCGUUGUUACAGGCGCCUAUUGCGCGGCUAUCGUACCCGUCCCCGGCACCACCCCCGAGAACGCCUCCAUCGAGCGAUCGUUUGGUGAAACAGACGAGCUUAACAAGCGUACAGUCUGGGGCGGAAAAUGCUAUUUUAAUAGCGACCGUCCGGGCUCUUACUGCCGCGUCGUUGUAACACAGACGAAUGCUGAUGGUACCGUGACAAACACAAAUGUUAAGAGGCAGUGCGCCGAAGGUGUUCCGAGCCACCCGUGUACUGCAACAGGAAAUGGCUGUUCCUGGUCGGACCUGGCGACGCAGGCUGUGUGCUGUUUAGAAUGGAAGAAGAGUGUUAGUGGUCCCUUUUUUAGUAGAUAA